AUGAAUGUCAAGAAUGAGCAUAUGAACAAAUUCGCCAAUGGAGUCUUAUUUCUAAUGUUGGGACAAACGUUGAGUAAAGGGGUUAAUUUCUUGUUGAACACUUUGCUAGUGCGUUAUUUAUCCCCCCGAAUUUUUGGUAUUACCUCUUUCCUAGAGUUUUUACUUUCUACAGUACUAUUCUUCAGUAGAGAAUCGAUUCGGAUCUCCACCUUACGGAUCAAAUCUACAACAGAUAGCGGCAAAUUGGAAAAAGUAGAGGAUGGUGAGGAUACGAGAACUUUGCAAUCCCUGAUUAAUUUUGGUUAUAUACCGUUUGUGAUUGGGUUACCAUUGUCUAUUAUCCUAAUUUCAUGGCAAUACUCUAAUCUAAAUUCGUACUUCAUUGACCUUCCAUACUUCAAAGCCUCCAUAUUCCUUAUAUGGCUUAGUAUAUUGAUUGAGUUGGUCAGUGAACCGUUCUACUUGGUACAUCAAUAUUUACUCAAUCACUUUAUCAGAUCCAAAUAUGAGAGUUUAGGUGUCACCUUUGCAUGUGUUGCGAACUUUAUUAUAGUUGUCUGGUUUGAGAAAAUGGUGAACGGAGUUGGGCUAGAGUUGCAUGAUGAUUACAAACAAGAAGGGAUCGCUAUUUUUGCAUUUGCAGUUGGUAAGCUCGUUCACGCGAUGACUUUACUUGCAUGUUACUCCUACAAUUAUUACUCAGAGGUCUAUACUACUGGAGAGCGUUAUAGCUACAAGUUGACAAAAAUCAGGCCUGAAACAAGACAAGAGUCAUACUAUUUCCAAAAUGAUACCGUUCAGCACUUCAAAAAAGUGUAUUUCCAGCUAUGCUUCAAGCAUUUGUUAACAGAAGGUGAUAAGCUAAUCAUAAAUUCGUUGUGCACGGUGGAAGAGCAAGGUAUAUACUCUCUUCUUUCAAAUUACGGCUCUUUGAUAACAAGACUAUUGUUUGCUCCGAUUGAGGAGGCAUUACGCUUGUUUUUAGCGCGCUUGUUAAGCGUAUCGUCGAAGAAGAACUUAUGGUUAUCUAUGAAGGUCUUGAUUGACCUAACCAAGUUUUAUCUGUACUUAUCACUCUUCAUUAUAAUAUUCGGACCAAUCAAUUCGUCAUACUUAUUGAAAUUUGUCAUUGGAUCUAAGUGGUCAAGUACCUCAUUUUUAGAAACAAUAAGAACUUACUGCUUCUAUAUUCCAUUCCUUUCCUUGAAUGGUAUCUUCGAGGCGUUUUUCCAAAGUGUUGCCUCCGGUGAUCAGAUUUUCAAACAUUCAUACGUCAUGAUGCUCUUCUCAGGCAUUUUCUUGUUCAACUGUUGGUUAUUCAUAGAAUAUUUUGACCUAUCACUAGAAGGGCUCAUUGUCAGUAACAUUUUGAACAUGGCUUUGAGAAUAGCAUACUGUGGUAACUUUAUUCAUAAAUUUUACCAUUACCUACUAAAAGAAUCGUCAACUGAAACUACUCAAUCAAUCUUGCCAAACAUUUCCACCUUCAAGAACGUUGCUCUCAUCGCAGCCAUAAUCGGUGCCCUAGAUUGGUAUUUCAUAGGCUAUGUGGAAAAUAUGCGGGAACUACUUAUUAACGUCAUUUUGGCAUUAUUGUUACUUAUUUUGGUGAUUUACAAAGAAAAGAGCUUAAUAUCAGAACUGCUAGCUGCAAAAACCUAUGCGGCAUAA